AUUAACAAGUAGGGGGAGGACAAAAAAGUUUUUUAAGAAAAAAAAUGGAGGUGCUGAAAACCCAUCACGUAAUCUCUCUCUUUUGGGGAGAGAGACAAAGCUGCACAAUCUCUCCAACUCGAUUCCUUUAGAUUCGAUUUGCAUUUGGAUUUCCACCCGCUUUCCGUUCGCUUUCUUUCCAUUUCGAUUUCUAUUUCUGGUGUUGUUCAUCGGAGGAAUUUUAUCACGCAUACGCUGGAUUUAUUAGCUGUUUCAGAAAGAAAGCUAAAGAGACAGAAAACUCUAUAGCUCCACCGGAAAUCGAGCAGGCGAUGACGGAAUCUCCGAUAACCGAUGUGUCCGAUAGUCGCUUUGCCAAUUUGAGGGGAGUGCGGUGGCGCGUGAAUCUUGGUGUUCUUCCGUCUCCGGCUUCUACCAUCGACGAUUUUCGCAGAGUAACAGCUGAUUCUCGCCGAAGAUAUGCAUCUUUAAGAAGACGGCUUCUGAUAGAUCCACAUGUAUCCAAGGAUGGAAACAAUUCCCCAGAUCUCUCCAUUGACAAUCCCUUAUCACAAAACCCAGAUAGCACAUGGGGCUGCUUCUUCCGCAAUGCUGAGUUGGAGAAAACUGUUGAUCAAGACUUAUCGAGGUUAUAUCCAGAGCAUGGGAGCUAUUUCCAAGCGGCUGGGUUCCAAGGCAUGCUAAGACGGAUUCUUUUGUUGUGGUGCCUUAAGCAUCCAGAGCAUGGGUAUAAACAAGGAAUGCAUGAGCUUUUGGCACCCCUGCUCUACGUUCUUCAUGCUGAUGUUGAGUGUCUUUCUGGAUUGCGUAAAGAUUACGAAGAUCACUUCACUGACAGAUUUGAUGGUCUGUCUUUUGAGGAAAGAGAUGACACUUACAAUUUUGAUUUCAAAAAGUUUCUGGACUCCAUGGAUGAUGAGGUUGGCUCUCAGGGAAGGUCGAGGAAAGUAAAGUGUCUAGAUGAGCUCGAUCCUGAAAUCCAGUCUAUUGUGAUGUUGAGUGAUGCCUAUGGGGCCGAAGGUGAACUUGGGGUUGUCUUGUCUGAGAAAUUCAUGGAGCAUGAUGCUUACUGCAUGUUCGAUGCUCUCAUGAAUGGGUCCCAUGGUUGUGUUGCCCUUUCUGACUUCUUUACUUAUUCUCCGGCCAGAGGGUCCCAUUCCGGGCUGCCUCCUGUUCUUGAAGCAUGUGCUGGAUUCUAUCAUCUUUUAUCAGUUGUUGAUUCAUCUCUGCACAGCCAUCUGGUUGAACUCGGAGUUGAACCCCAGUACUUUGGGCUUCGUUGGUUGCGGGUUUUGUUUGGACGAGAAUUUUCAGUUCAGGAUCUCUUGAUAGUAUGGGACGAGAUAUUCUCAGCAAAUAAUGGUAGUAGCAUGGAUGAAAAUGAUGCAGAUGACACAAACCACACUUUCAGGAUCCUUGAUUCUCCUCGGGGAGCCCUCAUUUCGGGUAUGGCUGUUUCAAUGAUAUUAUAUUUAAGGUCUUCCUUGCUUGCUACUGAGAAUGCAACGUCCUGUCUCCAGAGACUAUUAAAUUUCCCAGAGAACAUUGACCUCAGCAAGAUUAUAGAGAAGGCCAAGACAUUACAGGUUUUGGCGUUGGAUGCUGAUGUACGAUCAGCCCUAUCGAUGAAGGGUGUUUUUUAUCAGAGCAGUCCUGUAGCUGCAAGAGCUAACAGUUUUCCAUCUGAAUCCGUUUCUCCUAAAUCUCCUUUGAUUAUUGCACCCAAGAGCUAUUGGGAGGAGAAAUGGAGGGUUCUACACAAGGCUGAAGAAGAUCAAAGGCAAAGUGGUUCAGAGAAAGAAAGCCCAACACAGCGAAAGAGGGUGUGGUCAAAAGUGAAAAAGCUUUUGAGGACAGAAACUGACCCAUCGCCCGGCAAGACUGAAAACGGGAAAAGGAAAGUCAGUUCAUUGUCAGUGAGACGGAGCUUGCUUGAAGAUUUGUCUCGGCAGCUUGGUUCUGACCCUGAGGAAGCUAAUGAAAGGGACAAGUCGAUAGAUGAUGGUGAGUGUCCUGUGUUUAUGAGUAGAGAAGAUAGCCCUCCUUUAGAAACCGAGGACAGAAGAAUGGAUUUCGUCCAAUCUGCAGGAGAAGAAAGUGGACAUGGACCCAGUGAGGAGAGUUCGUCAAUCUUUUCAGAUCCAACAAAUCCUCUCAGAGAUUCAAACUAUAACGGAAAUGAUUCAGAGAGCAGUGCUUUGUCAAACUUUUCCCAGGAGGAAAACGACAAUAGUCAAAGGACAAGUGUGGAUUCGCCUCUUCCUGUUUCCUGUCACCUGAGCAAUGAGCCACUGGAAACUCACUCUACAGGUCAUGAGGAGGCCAAUGAAAAACCGAGGGGCAUUGCAAAGGAGCGGAAGCUUCUGCCCGGAAAGUUCCAGUGGUUUUGGAAGUUUGGGCGCAAUUUGGCUGGUGAGGAGGAGACUUCUACUAGGAAUGAUUCUACCGAUGCUACAAAAUCUGAUAAUGUCGAAAGAAGCAAGAGCAACGUGAUCUGUGCUUCUGGGUCAAAUUCUCCCCUAGCAUCAUCUUCUGGCAACAAAGGAGAAACAGACCAGAAUAUGAUGAAUACGUUGAAGAACCUUGGCCAGUCCAUGCUCGAACACAUUCAGGUAAUAGAGUCGGUGUUCCAGCAAGAAAGAGGACAGACAGGAUUGAUGGAGAGUUUAACAAAGACCAAUUUGGUUGGGAAGGGACAAGUCACUGCCGUUACAGCGCUCAAGGAGCUCCGGAAGAUGAGCAAUCUUUUGUCGGAGAGGUGAAAGGCAAAAGGCCCUUUUCCCACAAUGCUUGCAUUCGUUCAUUCUUCUUCACCUGCGUAUAUGCAUUUUGUAAAGUGUUUUAUUGUUUUAGGAACGCAGAAUUAAAGAGGUCUAAGUUAGGAUGUCUUUUUUGGAAUUUGCUUAGAAUCUCAACCUGAAAGUUGUGGUUCAGUUUCAUAUGAGGGGGGACUUUGUACAUGUGUAUUCUUGUGAGCUAUCAAUAAAAAUGCCCUUAUCAUGUG